AUGGAACUGCCCACCCCUCCAAAACCGCUGGCGGACCCACCGAGGGCAUUGACGGCGGCCGAGUCGCUAACUCCUUUGAUCGAGUCAACAUACACCUCUCCCGACCUCAACUUCUACCUCAAUGGCAAGAAAGUCAUACUCUCCAACCCUAAUCCGCACUGGACACUGCUUGAUUACAUCCGAGCCCAAAAGAGCCUAAAAGGAACGAAGUUGGGCUGCGGAGAGGGCGGAUGUGGAGCCUGCACCGUCGUUCUCCAGGUCAAAGAGUCGCAGGAUCAACGAAAGAUCAUCCAUCUCGCCGUAAAUGCCUGUCUGUUUCCUCUCGUCGGAAUCGACGGUAAACAUGUCAUCACAGUGGAAGGAAUUGGGAGUUUGGCGAACCCUCAUCCCCUUCAAGAACGGAUAGCAAAGAUGCAUGGAUCGCAAUGCGGCUUCUGCACCCCUGGCAUCGUAAUGUCCCUGUACGCCCUCGUCAGGAACUCCUACAAUGUCGAAACCAAAAAAUUCCAUCUCUCUGCCCGAGACAUUGAGCUGGAAGGCCACUUAGACGGAAACCUCUGCCGGUGCACCGGCUACAAGCCUAUUCUCCAGGCCGCGAAGACCUUUAUCACCGAGGACCUCAAAGGCCAGUUAGUAGAAGAGUCCACAGCUCUUAGUGACUCUGUUGAGGCGGUGGAUAUCACCGGCCUGGUUCAAGACGGAAGCAGAAAGCCUUCGAAAGGUUCUUGUGGAAGGCCGGGAGGCUGCUGCCGCGAUACUCCUUCCGACGGUAGCUCCGCCGACAGCAAAUCCGAGUGCAGCAGUCCAUCGACAGAACCAUCGUCAUUGUCCGAGGAAGAGGGUAUUCCGGCUAAUAUUGCAAUCACGAAAGAGCCAGUACAGGACGCAGAAGUCAGUGGCACCACAUAUGCUCUGCCUCUCAAGUCUCGAGAAAACGAUGUCAAAGAUACCAGUAAGAGCCAUCCCGAAGGCAUCAAGACAGAGACCAGCCUCCAGGCUUCCACUUCAGGUUCAAAAAAUGGAGUACCUCAAAUCGAGUUCGCGGAGUAUACUCCAGGCACUGAGCUUAUAUUCCCACCUGCUCUCUGGAGAUACGAACCAAAACCUCUGUGCUACGGAAAUGGCAGGAAGGUAUGGUUCCGGCCAGUUACACUAGAUCAGUUGACCCAGUUGAAGGGUGUGUACCCAUCUGCGAAGCUUGUUGGAGGUGCGAGUGAAGUUCAGGUUGAGGUUCGAUUUAAGAAUUCUGAUUAUGCUGUGGCCGUGUAUGUCUCAGAUAUCAAGGAACUCAAGCAAACCAAGCUACCAUCCGUCAGUGCGCUAGAGACUGCCGAGGAGUUGCUCCUUUCUGCAAACACCCCAUUGACGGAGGUGGAAAGGAUGUGCAAGGAUAUCUACACAAAGCUAGGAAAGCGAGCAAUGGUCUUGGAAGCACUCCGCAAGCAACUUCGCUACUUUGCUGGUCGUCAAAUACGGAAUGUCGCCUCACUAGCCGGAAAUAUUGCGACCGCAUCACCAAUUUCAGAUGCCAACCCUGUUCUCCUCGCAGCUGGCGCUUCAGUUGUCGUGAGAUCCCAGUCGAUUGGGCUAUCCGAAGUGCCUCUAAACAAGUUCUUCAUCGCAUAUCGCACCACCAGUCUACCACCUGACGGAAUAAUUACCCACGUCAAAAUACCAAUACCUAAAGCUGGAGCUCGAGAAGUUCUAAAAGCGUACAAACAAGCCAAGAGGAAGGACGAUGACAUUGCAAUAGUUACUGCUGGCUUCAAGGUACGAUUGAAUGAAGCAGGAGAAGUCGAAGACAUCGUCCUGGCUUACGGUGGCAUGGCUCCGAAGACGGUCGAAUCUGUGAAUUCGCAAGUAGCACUGCUUGGGAAGAGAUGGUUCUCCUCUGAGACCCUGGAGCUUGGGCUUGAUAAUCUGACGAAAGAUUUCGACUUGAGCUUUAGCGUCCCUGGCGGCAUGGCUCAUUACCGCAAGACUCUUGCCCUAUCAUUGUUUUUCCGCUUCUGGCACGAAUCAGUCGCCGAGCUGACGCUGGGCAGCGUGGACAAAGAUCUUAUCGAAGAAAUACAUCGGGAUAUCUCAACCGGAUUAAGAGACGACUACAACCCCAACGAACAACGGAUAGUCGGGAAACAGAUACCGCAUCUUUCGGCUCUGAAGCAAUGUACUGGUGAAGCUGAGUACAUCGAUGACAUGCCACCUCAAGAUCAGGAGCUAUUCGGCGGCUUGGUAAUGUCUUCCAAAGCACAUGCCAAGCUACUGGAUGUAGACUGGGAACCAGCACUCAAAAUGCCAGGUGUGGUCGGGUACAUCGAUAAAGAUAGCAUACCAAAAGAAAAGAACGUCUUUGGUGCGAUGGUAAAGGAUGAGCCUUACUUCGCCGAUGGUGAAGUACGUCACCAUGGUCAGGUUAUUGGUAUGGUUUAUGCAGAGACCGCAUUGCAAGCACAGGCGGCAGCUCGGGCUGUCAAAGUCACUUACGAAGAGCUUCCCCCUAUUCUUACCAUCGAUGAAGCAAUAGAAGCCAACAGCUUUUUCAAACACAAUAGAGCCCUGAAAAAGGGUGUCGCGGUUAACGGAAAUAUGAAAGAGGCCUUUGCCAAGUGUGAUCGUAUUUUCGAGGGCACGACAAGGAUUGGUGGACAAGAGCAUUUCUACCUUGAGACGAACGCCGCUCUCGUAAUACCAGGGAGUGAAGAUGAGUUUAUGGAGGUGUGGUCUUCGACACAAAAUACCAUGGAAACCCAAGAAUUUGUCAGCCAAGUCCUAGGAGUCCCAAGCAGUCGAGUUAAUUGCCGAGUAAAGAGAAUGGGUGGGGCGUUUGGAGGGAAAGAGUCGCGAAGUGUUCCGUUCGCAGCCCUGCUAGCUAUUGCAGCGAAGAAAGAACGUCGCCCGAUGCGUAUUAUGCUAAACAGAGAUGAAGAUAUGUUGCUCAGCGGUCAACGACAUCCAUGCCAAGCGAGAUGGAAGAUUGGUGUAUCCAAUGAGGGGAAGCUAUUAGCCUUGGAGGCAGAUCUAUUCGACAACGCCGGUUUCUCUCAGGACAUGAGCGGCGCGGUCAUGGACAGAUGCAUCACACAUUUCGAUAACUGUUACGAGAUCCCCGACGUUUACCUCAAAGGGAACGUCUGCAAGACCAAUACCCACAGCAACACCGCUUUCCGAGGCUUCGGAGCCCCCCAGGGCAUGUAUUUCACCGAGUCGAUCAUGUACACCGUUUCAGAAGGGUUAGGUAUUGAUAUCGAUAGCCUUCGGCUGAGGAAUCUCUACAAACCCGGGAACUGGACGCCUUUCUUUCAACAAAUUGACGAAGACUGGCACGUGCCACUGCUACUCAAACAGCUUAGCAACUCGUCAAAUUACGAGACUCGGAAGGCUGAGGUAGCUAAGUUUAACGCGACAAACAGGUGGAAAAAGCGGGGCAUUUGUCUUGUUCCGACCAAAUUUGGUCUUAGCUUCGCUACUGCCCUUCAUCUCAACCAGGCUGGUGCAUAUAUCAAGAUAUACGCUGAUGGAAGCAUCCUGCUGCACCAUGGAGGUACGGAGAUGGGCCAGGGGCUUUACACCAAGAUGUGCCAAGUCGCAGCCCAGGAAUUAGGCGUCACGGUCGAUGCCAUCUUCACGCAAGACACGCAGACCUACCAAUCAGCAAACGCAUCACCAACAGCCGCAUCGUCAGGAAGUGACCUAAACGGCAUGGCUGUGAAGAACGCCUGCGACAUUCUCAACGAGCGUCUCCAGCCAUAUCGCGAGAAGUACGGACCUGGCGCGCCGAUGAGCACCAUUGCCCACGCCGCUUAUAUAGACCGAGUGAACCUUGCAGCUAACGGCUUUUGGAAAAUGCCGACGAUCGGAUACCAGUGGGGAGACACGAAUCAUGAGACCGUUAAACCCAUGUACUACUACUUCACGCAGGGUGCUGGCGUCACAGAAGUCGAGCUUGACGUGCUCACGGGAGACCAUACCGUACUUCGGACCGAUCUCAUGAUGGACGUCGGCAAUUCAAUCAACCCGGCAAUUGACUACGGCCAGAUUGAGGGCGCGUUCGUGCAAGGUCAGGGCAUGUUCACGAUUGAGGAGUCGCUCUGGCUAAAAUCAGGCGAGUUCGCGACUCGUGGUCCUGGCACAUAUAAGAUCCCUGGAUUUUCGGAUAUCCCGCAGGUCUUCAAUGCCAGCAUGUUGAGGUAUGAUAACGAGGGCAAACCGCUGUCGUGGAAGCAUCUGCGAAGCAUUCAGAGCAGCAAGGGCAUCGGCGAGCCUCCGCUCUUCUUAGGAUCUACGGUGUUCUUUGCGCUGAGGGAGGCUGUGAAGGCUGCCAGGCAAAUGAAUGGGGUGAAAGAGCCUCUAGCGCUGGAUAGCCCCGCGACAGCGGAGAAGAUGAGGCUCGCUGUGGCGGACGAUUUGGCCAAGAGGGCCCAGGUGGUUCAGAAGGAGGGAGAAAGGAACUUUUUCGUUGCUGUUGCGUAAGGAAAGCUACCAGUUGAAUCUAUAAUUCCAUCAAAUCAGACAUUUUCAGAUAAAUAGCUCUAUCUUAUUGGUAGAAGUGGGAAUCCACAUCCAAUUGCUCGAUCCUGAAAC